CUAUGCCAUUUAUAUUGGUAUAGUACAUUCAACCUAUGGUAUGAAUAAGGCGGCUAGAUUGGACUGUUACUGCUAAUGUGCACGUAAAAGUGGCACCAGAAGUACCUAACCACGUAUCCAGCUAUUUCCAAAAAUUCACGAAUGGCAACUGCCAACUUCUUCAGCAACGUGUAGGUAGCUACCUACCUCCCGACCUAAAGCAUGCCUUGCAUGUGAGGUACCUAAGGUACAUGCAAUUGGGCCUCAGGAGGAACAAGAGACGUAAUUUAGGCGGGCGGAAAGUGCUUACCUUAAAGUGCCUUCUUCAAAGUGGCUUCCUCAAUUUGAAACCGAAAAUCGAAAACCAAAAACUGAAAACCAAAAACUGAAUUACACACAAAAAAAACUAAAAAAUAAACUCACACCAAAUCUACAAUCGCCUCUUUUUUUCUUGCACUUUUAUGCAACACCCCAUUAUAACACUUUCGACGCCAAUACUGAAUCAAUCAUGGAGAUGUCAGUCUACGGAGCUAUGGGCGAUGAAGAUAUCGCCCUAGCCUUUCGCCUAAUGCAGGAAGAUGCCGAGCAAUUCAUAUCGACCAGCAGUAGAAAGGGUAAACAAGCCGAGGGAACCGAGACUGAUGCUCAAAUGGCUUUUAACCUUCUCCUCGAGGAGCUCCAGGCUGCAGAGACCUGUCUCAGUGAUGAACGAAUGACUAGAAGCAUGUUGAGAGCAAUUCAAACCGACGGUCCUGUCCUUUCCCAGGCCUAUGAUGAAGAGAAUGUUGCUCGAGCCGAUCGCAAUCUGUCCAUAGCCUUGAGCAAUGGACAAGAUGUAGACGUGGCCGAGCAGGGCACCCCUGAGUCUCCAAAUAGCGACGAAGAAUUCCUGGAAAAGCUCUCCGUUCUCUAUAAUACUGGGUUUGAUCACCCCAGGGGUAGUAUUUUUGACUAUGACGAUGAUGAUACGGCCACUAUCAGCCAGCCGGAGAGUUCAUCCUGGGCUGCUUCGCGCCAACCUAGUAGGCCACCAAAGACCUGUGAUGCUUGCGGAGAUGAAAAGCACUUCGCAGAGCUGGCUCGCGCUCCCUGCCACCAUGAAUAUUGCCGCGAGUGUUUGACACGUCUCUUCCGAGACGCCUCAAACGACGAGUCUCUCUUUCCUCCACGAUGCUGCAGACAAAACAUACCCUUAGCGAAAAAUCAGGUGUUUAUUGAUAGCGAUGUAGUCCGAACUUUCCGUCAAAAGGCCAUUGAGUUUUCUACGCCUCGUCGAACAUACUGCCACAACCGGCGUUGCGCUCGAUUCAUUCCAGGAACUAAUUACUUGAACGAUGUAGCAACGUGUAGCCACUGCGGAUACCGAACCUGUAUGAUUUGCAAGGGUGCUACUCAUAACGGUGAUUGCCCAGAAGAUGAACAACUGAAUCAAGUCAUUGAAUUGGCCACUGAACAUCGCUGGCAACGUUGCCAAAGAUGCUGGGCCAUGGUUGAGUUAAACACGGGAUGCAACCACAUGACCUGUCGAUGCGGUUUCCAAUUUUGCUAUGUAUGUGGUGACCGUUGGAAGACUUGCGAGUGUGUACACUGGGAUGAACAUAGACUGUACACACGCGCUGUCGUAAUCGAUGCACGCGACGAGGGUGACGAACGUCCAGCCGAAGUGAUCCCUUUUCGUCCGCAUCAAAAUGGCCAGCAAGCCGUCCAGCAGCCCGUCCAGCAGCCGAUUGCCAAUCAGCAACAGGCACCGGCCCACUUCCUACAGCAAGGUGGCCGCCUACCAGCCGGAGCAUACCGCGUCGUCUUUGAGAGUGACGAUGAGAGUGAAGACGAGGUAGAAGAGGAAGCCGAAGUAGCGGUGCAGCCAGUAGCCGAACAGGCCCCAUGGGAACCACCUGCCUUCGAGUUUCCAGAGCUUGAUAUCGUUCGGCGAGCACGGGUCCAGCAACUCAUGGAAGACCUCCGACACAACCACGAAUGCCAACAUGAUCGAUGGUUUUCGAAGAGAGGGCCCCGCGGAUGCGAAGAAUGUGGUGACGUCAUGCCUAUUUUCAUAUACGAAUGCCGACAAUGUCAUAUUAUGGCUUGUCGUCGUUGUCGAUACCACCGGCUGUAAACGCCACCAGCAGCGUGGUUAUAAUAGCUGUGGCCUCAUGAAUACCUAUUAUUGAGCUACAGUUUGAUGAUUCCUGGGAAACUAGUUAACCAGGGCUUUCAAGCCAAUCUCCUCACCUCCAAGGAGUUGGAGGCGAAUGUCGACGGAACCAUGAAAAAUUCAUGAUUUCUUUCAUUUUCCACAUACCUCGUAUCCAUUACCAUGGGCAGCCGAGGAACGGUCGAUUACUACCUACAUGUUGUAGAAAGGCGAAGUCGGAAAUGUUUAUUUCGACUGAAUGUUUAGCUCUUUGUAACUUACCUUGACCAUGUAGAUGUCGCGUUGUAGCCUGCGUAUUGAUAACCGCAGAAUGCCCCCUGUUAGUUCCAUACGAUAGGUAGGAACUAUUGAAACAAGUCACUUUUAUGGCUUUGAUAA